AUUGUGUUACUCUUCCCAGACUAUGGAUACCAGUUUCAGUGAUGUGGAGUAAGAUCUAGCAGGAUGCAGCAGUCUGAAUGGAGCUUGGAUAAGAUUCUACCAGUCCCUCAGCUGUCUCAACAUUGGGCAAAGUCUGUUGUAGGCCUGCUGGCACUUCUGUGCUUUGGCUGUAGCUAUGAUGGGGACUUUGUCUUUGAUGAUUCAGAAGCUAUUAUUAAUAAUAAGGACAUCAGGUCAGAGACGCCACUGAACAACCUUUGGGAGCAUGAUUUCUGGGGGACAAAACUUGCUAGCAACACCAGCCAUAAAUCUUAUCGACCACUGACAGUACUUACUUUCAGAUUGAACCAUUUGAUGUCUGGAGGACUGCACCCUGUUGGGUUUCACGUGGUCAACAUUGCACUACAUGGUGCUAUUUCUGUAGUUGCACUGGAUGUAUUCUCAGUAUUUAUGGGUGGUCUGGCACAUGACGAACAAGGAACUCCUCUAAAUAUGGCACCAAAAGCAUCAUUCUUAGCUGCACUGCUUUUUGCUGUUCACCCAAUACACACAGAAAACGUUGCUGGGAUAGUUGGCAGAGCAGACCUCCUUUGUGCUCUGUUCUUUCUGCUGUCAUUCAUCAGCUACUGUAAAGCAUUCAGAAAAUAUGAUGCACAAGGAAAAUUCUCUCUCAUCUGGAUUCUUGUCAGCUUGCUGCUGUGUGGAGCAGCGAUGCUAUGCAAGGAACAGGGUAUCACAAUCCUGGGUGUGAAUGCAAUAUUUGAUGCUUUGGUGAUCUGUAAAAUAGAUAUUCUACAUUUGGGAAGUGGACUACUACAGAAUAAUACCACAUCGGAGCAAAAAAUAAGGUGGAAAAGGGGAUUUUUCACACGAAUUUUCCUAAUAGCAUCUGGAGGAAUAAUUCUGCUCUAUGGUAGAUGGAGAAUCAUGGGGACUGGACCUCCUGCUUUCACUGAAGUUGAUAAUCCAGCGUCCUUUGCAGACAAUAUACUUGUACGAACCGUUAAUUAUAAUUACUACUAUUCACUGAAUGCGUGGCUGCUUGUGUGUCCCUGGUGGCUGUGUUUUGAUUGGUCCAUGGGCUGUUUGCCCCUUAUUAAAUCCAUCAGUGACGUCAGAGUAAUUGCACCUUUGGUACUUUGGUUCUUCUUUACUGGACUUUUAUGGCGAGCUUUAUGCUCAGGAAACAGAGAUGAAAGAAGAAUUCUUACUUCUGGAAUCACACUUAUGAUAAUACCGUUCCUUCCUGCAUCUAACAUUUUCUUCAGAGUGGGCUUUGUGAUAGCUGAGAGAGUAGUCUACCUCUCCAGCGCUGGUUAUUGCAUACUACUGUCAUAUGGAAUUUGCAUGUUAUGCAGACAAAGUAAGAGAAUCAAGAAAAUCAUUAUCAUCGCUCUGCUGAGUUUGGUGAUUGUGAAUGUUUUGCGCUGUAUCAGACGCAGUUAUCAGUGGCGCACAGAGGAAGAUCUUUUUACAAGUGCCUUGUCUGUGUGUCCUCUCAAUGCUAAAGUUCACUACAAUGUUGGUAAGAAUUUUGCUGACAGAGGAAGAGAAACAUUUGCAAUCCAGUAUUAUAGAGAAGCAGUAAGGCUCAAUCCAAAGUAUGUCCAUGCUAUGAAUAAUCUUGGAAACAUUUUGAAGGAAACAAAUAAACUGCACGAAGCAGAAACGUUGCUUUCCAAAGCUGUGGCUAUACAACCUGAUUUUGCUGCAGCCUGGAUGAAUCUAGGAAUUGUGCAGAACAGUUUGGACAAGUUUGAAGAUGCUGAAAGGAGUUACUGGACUGCAAUUAAGUACAGAAAAAAAUAUCCAGACUGCUACUACAACUUGGGACGCCUGUAUGCAGACCUACAUCGCCAUGUAGAUGCUCUCAGUGCUUGGCGGAAUGCUACCAUUCUGAAACCUGACCACAGUCUGGCAUGGAACAACUUGAUUAUAUUACUUGAUAACACAGGUAACUUAGCACAAGCUGAAGCAAUUGGAAAAGAGGCUUUAAAAGUGCUGCCUGGUGAUCACACUAUCAUGUUUUCAUUCGCUAAUGUGCUUGGCAAAUUAAAAAAGUACAAGGAGUCUGAAAGUCUGUUUCUUAAUGCACUUCAGAUUAAUUCUAACAUAGCAAGUUAUCAUGGAAAUUUAGCUGUGCUUUACCAUCGUUGGGGAAAACUUGUUCUGGCCAAGACACACUAUGAAAUAGCCCUUAAACUUGACCCUGCAUCCCCUGGGAUCCUGGACAACUACAGUCUUCUGAAGAAGAAAAUCAGCUAGUAAAAAGCUGGACAGAUUAUACCGUGGAAAAUUGAGUAACUGAGUCUACAUGAGCUCACUGUUACAAAUGGAAAACAUUGACACCUGCUGAAUUGAGCAGCUACAAUAUUAGAAUAUUGGCAUCCUGUCGAAGAGUCAAUUACCAGUAUUAGCAGAUGCGUGUUGUUGGGCCUUGGGCUCGGAAGUUGAAAAUAUGGAACAAUACCAGCAGGUGCACUCUCCUGUCAUCUUGCUGGUGAACCUUUUCUCCCAAGGGUGUCGAAGGAGUAAACAUUCAUAGAAUGCCAUUACUUUCAACUGUUUUGAAUUCUUGACUGACCCUUUGGGGAGCAGUAAAAGAGAGGAAGGGGACUAAGGUGAACAGGACAAGGUGGGAAAAGGAAAACAGGGAGAAGAGAAUAGUUGGCACUCUUGAGUUGCCUAGAUUGAGUUAUUGAUAUUAUUGAUAUUAGUCAAGAGUAGUUAUGAUGAUAUUAUCAGUCCAUAUCUGAAAGAUGCUGAAAGAGAACAUUUGAAUAUUGCUGGAAAUAAAGGCUGAAAUUGAUGUUCCAGAAGCAAAGUGUUCCAGUUCUGCAACAAAAAUUACAUUUGUAAAGCACCUUUCAUGUCGGGAGGAUGUCCCAAGUCGCUGGAAUUGACUUACAUGGUUCAUGAGAGUUGUUAUUUUUCUGCCUCUGUGAACAAUAUUCUAUACAAUCCCAAUCCUUGCAAUUUUCAUAGAAAUAUCGGAAAAAUACUCUGAAUAUGAAGUUAUACUUCACACAUGCAUGAUAAAUCUCAGAUUUAUUUUGUACUAGCUGUACCGGUUGCAGCUAUGCCUGCAACCAAAGGAUCCAAUAUGGAAUGUAGAUUUCAGCGAUACCAUGCGCAAACCAUUUAACAUGCCAUAAACACUGUAACCUUAAGAAAAACUGCCAUACAUGUGUGAUGAGCUUGUUUAGGUCAUAGCUCAUCAACGAUAGGAGAUACCCCCCAAAAAUGUCCGUGAUACUCCCCCAUGCAAGACCUUUCUGAUGAGGUAUAAAUCAUGUUUGUGUCAAUCGGCUAUUGCAUUCUUGGUGGACAGACACAGACGUUUUGUCUUUAUUCGUAUAGAUUACAAGUUAAUGCGAUAUACUCAAACCUGUUUUCAGCAAAGAUUCAGGGAACUGGACUAAAGUUGUCUAUAUGUAAGGGUGGCCUUUGAGUAAGGGUUCAUUAACCGGGCCUGACUUUUUUUAAUUCCCAUGGGCCCUGAUGAAGAUUCCCACUAGACUCUUAGCACGUUUUCCAACAUCGCCUCACGGCAUCACAUAGGCUGCUCAGUGUGACCUGGGUAAAUGUGCUAGAAUCUAGCUGGAGUCUACACUUGGGCCCAUGGAAAUUGGUGAUGCAUUCCCAAUAAGUAAACUUUAAUUCACUUAGAACAGGCUGUUAAAAAGGUACACUAACCGGACAAAAUAAGAGUAGCCACUUAUUUCUCUAGACAGGUGGUUGAUUAUGGAAUAGAGGUGGUUUAUUUUGGAAAAUUGAUCGGGAUUGUUCCAGGGUGGUUGUUUGCUGAGUAAAGAUGGUUGAUUCAACAGGUUUUACUAAUUAGUUUAGAUUUGUUGUCCUGUAAUGUAAAUUGAUUGCAUGCUUCGAUUUGUACAUAUUUUAACAUGUAAAAAUUUAUACUCCCAAUUAAAAUGUGAUUGCACAUUCAA